UCAUAUCUGGCAGUGUUGGUUAAACACUACAAGCUUUGGAGCCACAAAAAUGAAGUUUCAAAUACUUCUUGUGAUCAUGGUAGGAGUACUUUAUCAAAUAAAUAGUUGUCAUGUGGAUGAAUCUCGCGAAAGUGAUAAAGAAGACAGCAGACGUCUUGUAUUACAUGCUGAAACUGAUCUUGUACAAGAAAUAUUAAAACUUAAGUCCGCGGUAGCAAAUUUGACGUCAGACAACAGUGCCUUGAAAGCACAGGUUACUACACUACAAGCUAAAGUGGUCCAUCUGGAGCAGUCUGGCGGGAAACUGGAGCAAACACUAACGGGAUUGAGCAACUUAACUCAAGAAAUAACUGGCGACGUAUACACUAGAUGGGGAAGAAACAUCUGUGCUAAUGAUGCAGAAAUCAUUUAUCGAGGUUACAUAGCUGGGAAGCAUUAUUCAUCAUCUGGAAGCGGAACAGAUCAUCUAUGUCUCCCCAAUGAUCCGACAUGGGCAAACUAUGAUGAUACCGCAACCAACUCUCGAGGAACCCUUUUCGGUACAGAAAUAAAUAUUCCUGAGCCAAAUCAUAUAUUUGAAUACGCAGUAAACAACCAGGACCUCCCCUGUGCAGUUUGCAAAUCUAAACGUAAAACCACAUUUAUGCUUCCUGCCAGAAAGAACUGCUAUCCAGGAUGGACUCUGGAAUACUGGGGUUAUUUGAUGACGUCAGCCUAUGACCUUGCGUCUUCUUCAAGUCAUAUAUGCCUUGAUGCAAAACCAGAAUUCAACCCUCAUGGUGCACAAGAUGAUGACGAGCACCUGAUUUACCCAGUAGAAGGGCGAUGUGGAUCACUACCUUGCCCGCCGUAUGUGAAUGGACGUGAGCUGGCUUGCGUUGUGUGUUCAAAAUAAAGUUUGGAAUGUUGCACAGAAAUAUCACAACUAUAUAACAGUAGAUAUUUUUGCAAACUUAUACGUUAUUAGCUUCAAAUUGUUAGUUCUAAGGACGUAACUAGAUAAUUCACAUCGCGUAGAAUUAUUCGGACUCCUAUGCAACAUGCCAUAUCUCAUUUUAUCUGUUAUAUUUGAAAAAGUCAGUUUUUUACCCGUUUCCUACAGAGUCUAUAUGAACUGAGGUGGGUCUAUUUAAAGUCAAAAAGGAUCAACCAAAUAUUAAAUUUUUUUUUUUGAAAAUAUUCAUAAUAUCCGGAAUAAAUUAAACUUUAAUUUGUGGGGUAUCGAAUUUUUGAUUUCCGAAUAGAACUUUUUCUAUUUAAGUUUAAGUAACUUUUUUCCUUCUUUGUUUAUAUAGGCAAAUUUAUCGAUUUUCCGAUAGAUCGAUGUUACUAAAAGUUUGUAAUGAUACUAAUGUUCAGCUGGAUCACUACCUUGCCCACCGUAUGUGAAUGGACGUGAACUGGCUUGCGUUGUGUGUUCAAAAUAAAGUUUGGAAAGUUG